AUGAUUAUGAAAUGGAUUAACUUCUGUGCUCUCCUUCUUGGAACACUCACAUCCCCAACGCCAAGCCCAUCUUCAUCUCCCACCACCAACAUUGAGAAAGGACCCUGUCACAUCUUCAACUCUGGCCGCUCUGCAGACUGUCUGGGAAGGCAGCUCGGCAGUGUCCCAUGGCAACAAUUUCCAUCCACACUAGAAGCCAUAGAUCUCUCCUACAAUAGACUUCAAGCUAUCCAUGCUGACGACUUCCUCCAGCUCCCUCGGCUUCGCAUCCUUCGGCUGCAGUACAAUAACAUUUCACACAUUGACGACGAUGCCUUUAAAAACAACACUCUACUGGAGGAGCUUAACAUCUUCAAUAACUCCCUGCAGGAGAUUCCCGCCACAGCGUUGACUCCUCUCUUGAAUCUGAAACAGCUCUACAUGUCUAAUAACUUUUACAAACAUGCCACUUUGGCUGACAGCUUCUCCAAAUUGGUCAAACUCAAGGUUCUGUCGAUGGGUGGCCCUCUGGUGAUGGGGCUAAAGAAAGAAGAUUUUCAGCCAUUGAAGAACAUCAGGUUAUAUGGCUUUGCAAUCAAAUGCUCCUCCAAUCUAAGUUACUAUGAACCUGGAAGUUUAGAAGUCAUCCAGACACAGCAGAUGGGCUUUGAUAUGGCCAUAGAUCAACGGCCGAACGCUCUCCUUGACAUGCUGCGUGACAUCUCCAACAAGAUCUUCAGCAUCAUCCAGUUCCGUAACCUCUUUGAGUUCAUGUACUACAUGGGAGAGAAGGACAUUUUCCAGGGUUUAGGAGAUAUAUCAGCCAAUCAGAUCGUCUUCCACAGAGGUAAAUUCAAUGAGAACCUACUGAGGAUGGCUUUAACAAACUUACAAGUUUCCUCUGUCAAAAGGUUGAGACUUCAGUACAUCGACUUUGCCCGUUCACCCACAUUUGUUGAUAGUGGAGCAGGUUCCAGCAUCACAAAUCUAGCACUGGAUAAGCUGGAUCUUUGGUACAUCAGCAAUCCUGAUGUGCUACGAUUUGACUGGCGCUUUACCUGGUUCAACAAAAUUAAACACCUGUCUAUUCAGUAUGUGUACUUCAACUCUGUGCCUUGUGAUGCCUGGGUUGAGAUGGAAGGUGUGAAGUUUAUGGAUAUCUCCAACAAUCGACUAAAGGAUGAGUUCGUGUUCAACCAGCGGUGUGUUUAUAAGGGCGCCAUGCCAAACCUUCACUCUUUCAACAUGAGCUCCAAUGAGCUGGCCAGUUUAAAAGAUUUGUCAUCACUAACAAGGGAGUUCCGGCAGAUGCAAGUGUUGGAUUUAAGCAACAACAAACUGGGAUCCGCUGAAAACAGUCGGGACUGUGUUUGGCAAAAAAAUCUCACUCAGCUUAUCCUUCACCACAAUAAAUUCGAAAGUGAAGCCCUUCGUUGUCUGCCCACCACACUGCACUAUUUGGACCUAUCAUACUGUGACCUGGACCAGCUGGACAUGACAUACUUUAAGAAAGCUACCAGCCUGAAAGAGCUCCUGCUGAGUGGGAAUAAAAUCAAGUUUAUCCCAUCAAAGUGGGAGAGUCCAUCACUGCAGUCACUGGCUUUGGAUGGGAAUUCAUUUGGACUCAUUAGCAAGGAAUCAUUUCAGGACAUGCCUCAACUAUCUCGCCUAAAGGCUGGGAAUAAUCCUUACCAUUGCACUUGUGAGCUUUAUGUUUUUGUCCAGGACACAAUGUCAAAAACAAAUGUGAACCUGACAGACUGGCCUUGGAACUACAGGUGUUACCAUCCAGAGGCCUUACUGAACACAUUCAUAUCCAAAUACUUCCCAGGUCAAGUGGCAUGUGAUAUCAGACUAGUUAUUAUCAUCUGUGUUGCGACUACUACAGCAGUGAUCUUGAUAUUGAUGCUGAUUUGCUACAUUUUUGACCUCCCGUGGUAUACUAAAGCCACGUAUCAGAUAAUCAGGGCAAAAUACAGAGCUCACAAGGAAAAAGCAGCAGGGGAACCAGGAACUUUUACUUAUCAUGCCUUCAUAUCAUACAGUCACUCUGAUGCAGACUGGGUGAGGGACGACCUCUUGCCCUGUUUGGAGAACAACAGGAAUCCCUAUCAUCUGUGUAUUCAUGAGAGGGACUUCAUGCCAGGGAAGUGGAUUAUCGAUAACAUCAUUGAGAACAUUGAAAGCAGCCGCAAGGUAAUAUUUGUCCUCUCAAGAAACUUUGUCAACAGCGAGUGGUGCAACUAUGAGCUGUACUUCGCUCAGCAAAGAGCAAUGGGAAAGACCUUUAGUGACAUCAUCCUCGUGUUGAAAGAGCCCAUUGAUCCCGGCUCCCUGCCCAGCAAAUACUGCAAGCUUAAGAAGAUGUUGAGUACCAAGACCUACAUCGAGUGGCCACAGCACGCCAACCAGCAGGCAUUUUUCUGGGAGCAGCUUAAGAGUGUUCUGGGCAAGCCAACAAUAACUCGAGAGAGGAUGCACAGUACUAAGAGCAGAACCUCAUCUGUGCGAAGCAUUUCUUUGAUGAUGGAAGAUCAGAGGCCAGGAGUUUCAAUGCCUAAUACGGACAAAGAAGCAGAACCCAAAAAAGAGAUUAUUAAGAGGAAUGAUGAUUUGUCCAAUGACAAACAAAUCCCAGUGAUGAACUCCCAGCUGGAACAGGCUAUUGAGGGCCUCAUCAAAGUGUUUCACUCCUAUUCGUCAAAAGAAGGCGACAAGUACAAGCUGAGCAAAGUAGAGCUGAAGACUCUGCUGGAGACUGAACUCAAAGACCUAAUGGCAUGUGCCAACGACCCGAAGGGGAUCGACGAGAUUAUGUCUGACCUGGAUGAAAAUGGAGACCAAGAAUUAGACUUCCAGGAGUUUGUCGUUCUGGUCGCUGCGCUGACCGUCGCCUGCAAUGAUUUCUUCGAAGAAUUCUGCAAGAAAGGGGGGAAGAAAGCCUGAAAAUUGUCUAUUUUCCAUUAAAUCAAUGACCCUUUCUUUACAGACUUUAUAUAUUAACAAUGUUAUGGAUGUUUAAAUCAACAAUCACAGCACUCUGUAAUGUUAGGGAAAUGACUUAUCACUGAUGACCAACUUAAUA